AUGAACUGGCACUUCUUCAGAACAGCUUCAGUGCUGUUCAUUUGUCUGGUGGUGCUGGAAGUUAACAGUGAAUUUCGAAUCCAGGUAAGAGAUUAUAACACUAAAAAUGGCACCAUCAAGUGGCAUUCCAUCAGAAGGCAGAAACGUGAGUGGAUCAAGUUCGCUGCAGCCUGCCGCGAGGGUGAAGACAACUCAAAGAGGAACCCAAUCGCCAAAAUUCACUCAGAUUGCGCUGCAAACCAGCAAGUUACAUACCGCAUCUCCGGAGUAGGAAUUGAUCAACCACCUUUCGGAAUUUUCAUCAUUAAUCAAAAAACUGGUGAAAUUAAUAUAACAUCCAUAGUUGAUCGAGAGGUCACCCCUUUUUUCAUUAUCUACUGUCGGGCUCUCAAUGCCCAAGGCCAAGAUUUAGAGAGACCUCUUGAGCUCAGAGUCAGGGUUUUGGAUAUAAAUGACAACCCUCCCGUAUUUUCUAUGUCGACUUUUAUAGGAGAGGUAGAAGAAAACUCUAAUGCAAAUACACUGGUGAUGAAACUCAAUGCUACUGAUGCAGAUGAACCAAAUAAUUUGAACUCAAAAAUAGCCUUCAAGAUCAUAAGACAAGAACCUUCUGAUUCACCAAUGUUUAUUAUCAACAGAUACACUGGAGAAGUUCGAACAAUGAAUAAUUUUAUAGACAGAGAGAAAUACAGCCAGUACUCUCUGGCUGUAAGAGGCUCUGAUCGUGAUGGCGGGGCAGAUGGUAUGUCGGCAGAGUGUGAAUGCAACAUCAAAAUCCUUGAUGUCAAUGAUAACAUCCCAUACCUGGAACAGUCUUCAUAUUCCGUAAAUAUUGAAGAAAAUGCUUUAAGUUCAAAUUUGCUCCAGAUUAGAGUAAUUGAUUUGGAUGAGGAGUUCUCAGCUAACUGGAUGGCAGUAAUUUUUUUUAUCACUGGAAAUGAGGGAAACUGGUUUGACAUAGAAAUGAAUGAAAGAACAAAUGUGGGAACUUUAAAGGUUAUUAAGCCCCUCGAUUAUGAAGAGGUGAAGAAUCUGCAGCUUAAUCUUGGUGUUAGAAAUAAAGCUGAAUUUCAUCAAUCAAUUAAGUCUCAAUAUAAACUCAUAGGAAGUGCAAUCUCUGUGACCGUGUUAAAUGUAAUUGAAGGCUCGGUGUUCCGUCCAGGUUCAAAGACGUAUGUAGUGACUAGUAAUAUGGGACAAAAUUACAAAGUGGGAGACUUUGUAGCUACUGACCUGGACACAGGUCUACCUUCAACAACUGUUAGAUAUGUAAUGGGAAAUAAUCCAACUGACCUGCUCGCUGUUGACUCACGAACGGGAGUAAUCACUCUGAGAAAUAAAGUUACCAAAGAACAAUAUCAAACACUUAAUGGAAAAUACCAAGGAACAAUCCUAUCUAUAGAUGAUUCUCUUCAAAGAACUUGUACUGGUACAAUUAACAUUAAUCUUGACGGUUCUGGCUGGGAAGAAGAUCGUGAACAGAGUACAACUGGUGGUGAAAUUAUUAAUGGAGGGAGUACUAGUACAAGCACAAACGACGUUACUUCCUCAGAUGAGACUAACAUCAAUACCAAUGCAGAAAAUGCUGGCGGUUCUGCAACAAAUACUUUUGAUGGAGAAGGCACUGAUGUUUAUAGGCACCGUCUCAGAGAUAAUGUACAUUUUGGUCCUGCUGGCAUUGGACUACUCAUCUUGGGAUUCUUGAUCCUAGGAUUGGUCCCAUUUUUGCUGCUCUGCUGUGACUACGGAGGUGCCGCUGGUGCUGGAGCCGGCUUCGAGCCUGUUCCCGAAUGUUCAGAUGGGGCGAUUCACCCGUGGGCAGUAGAAGAACCGCCGCCCACGGGUCUGACCACUGUCUGUGUACCAGCAGGACCCGCUAAUGCAAAUAUAAUUGAGUGCGUUGACAACACAGGCGUUUACACAAAUGAGUAUAGUGGCAGAGAAAUACAAGAUCUGGGAGGAGGAGAAAGAACAACAGGAUUUGAAAUGACAGAAGAAGUUAAAACGUCAAGAGCCCCUGAGAUAUGUCAAGACUAUUCUGGAACAAUGAGAAGAAAUUCCAUGAGGGAUUGCAGAGAAGGAGGGCUGAACAUGAACUUCAUGGAAAGUUACUUCUGUCAGAAAGCAUACGCUUAUGCAGACGAAGACGAAGGACGCCCAUCCAAUGACUGUUUGCUCAUAUAUGAUAUUGAAGGUGUAGGUUCCCCUGCUGGCUCUGUGGGCUGUUGUAGCUUCAUUGGAGAAGACUUGGAUGAUAGCUUCUUGGAUACACUGGGGCCUAAAUUUAAGAAGUUGGCAGAUAUCAGCCUCGGGAAAGAAGCUGAACCAUACCCAGAGCCUGACCCCUCUUGGCCAGCUGAGAGCACUGAACCAGUUUGUCCUCCGCAGGGAACAGAGCCCAUUGGUAGUGGACACCCCCCUAUCUCCCCACAUUUCGGCACUACCACAGUCAUUUCUGAGAGCACCUACCCCUCGGGACCUGGUGUACAGCAUCCUGUGCCUAUUCCUGAUCCUCUGGGCUAUGGUAAUGUCACUGUGACCGAGUCUUACACCACCUCUGGCACUCUGAGGCCCUCUGUCCAUGUUCAUGAUAAUCGACAGGCAUCCAACGUGGUGGUGACAGAGAGGGUGGUCGGCCCAAUCUCUGGUGCCGAUUUGCAUGGAAUGUUAGAGAUGCCUGACUUGAGAGAUGGGUCAAACGUGAUAGUGACAGAAAGGGUAAUAGCACCAAGUUCAAGCCUGCCCACCACUCUGACCAUCCCUGAUCCUAGAGAGUCUUCAAAUGUGGUAGUGACAGAAAGAGUAAUCCGGCCAACUUCCGGCGUGAUGGGCAGUCUGAGUAUGCACCCCGAGUUAUCGAAUACCCACAACGUGAUUGUGACAGAGAGGGUAGUUUCGGGCUCCAGCAUAACUGGAAUUAGUGGCCCAGUGGGGACAGGCGGAGGCAGCAGUACAGGCAGCAGUGGCCUGAUUGGCAGCGCAGCCGGAGUAAGUGGUGGUGGCACUGGGCUGAGCAGCAUGGGGGGGACCGCCACCAUUGGCCACUUGAGAGGCUCCUCUGACCAUCACUUUAGCAGCACCCUGGGUUCCGCCUCCCCGACCACAGCCCGAAGUCGAAUCACAAAGUACAGUACAGUACAAUAUACCAAGUAGCCAGCACCCAGCACACUUCUUCUCAGUGAUUGUGACUUAGGUUCAAUUCCCACCACCCAAAAAUGAACAAUGUGAUUUGUGACGCACAAUUGGGUUCUAAGAAAACUGUGCAACGAGGUGAGACUCCACAGCAAGGGAAACAGACGGAAGCAGUGUUAUUGGGCAAGAGCUCUCCUUGGCAUUUGUAAACUUUUUUCUCAUAUUAAUACUAAUGGAAUCAUGACAGUGAACUAGAACUUGAGACAGGGUCUUCUUUGUGCCUGGAUGGCCCGUAGGGUCUUCCUUGCUUCCGUGUGGCCUGUAGUAUAUCUCCAGCACACGGAAUAAAUAAAACUCGGUCAUGUAAAUGCACUGGCCUUAAGAUGACAAUUCGCAUAAUUCUCCUUGCUCUGUUUGGAUUUGCCCUGAAGCUCAGGCAAUACCUAAAAAGAACUAAACAUGCAAUAUGUGCUCAUGUAUGUGGGAAGAAUUUGAAAUAUGUGCCAAAUGCCAUGUCAGUUUCACAGAUAAUAUAAAUAAAAAUCCAACCACAUAUUCAGACCAGGGUUAAUCAUUAAAGAAAAAAAAUCUGGCUACACAGCUAAGUCCACAAGCCACAAGCACUCCUACUUUAAUAAUUGCACUGGGUAAAAUAAACCUCGAAUUAGGAGAUGUUUUCAUAAGAGAGUGGCAACAGAGAGACUGAUUUGGGGUAAACUGGCAAUGUCUGAGCCUGGAUUUUGAGAUGGGGCUUCAGCUAUAAUUCCUAUGGAGUCAAGGACUUCUCUGAUUCUAGUUUGUGUUUAGUGGUAGAUGCAAUGGUGAUGAAUAUUGUAUACUGGUGAGGUUGCAGGAUAUCACACCCAUUUCCCCCUUUACCAUUGUGACUCUGACUUAAUAAAGGAAAACCUGACAACUGUACUUCUCAGAAUGAAGAAAGUAACACCUGACAUGGUUGUCAUCACUAGCUACCUUCCAAGGAAGCAGAUGGGAACUGCAUUGUAUUUUUCAGAUUGUGUUUUUAGUGUUAUUCAUUUAUACCCAGCUCUUUAUUACACAUCUCCUAAGUUAAAAUAAUUUACUUAGGCUGAGCUGUGAAAAACAACCUGCAGUAUGGUUAUGCUUUGGGAAAUUUUUUUUAAGGGAAUCUUAAAAAAAAAGUUUUUAGAACA